ACAUGCGGCAUGAAGUGGGUUUACAGUGUUUAUUUAAAGGCCUGCAUGUGCCGAUGGCGAAGAUUUAUGUCCUGCGAUUUCCUUUUAUGGGUGGAUGUGUGAGGUGACAUGUAAUGCGGGCAUUAAACAUGAGGCAGCUGAGCCGUGUGGACUGGUGCAGAACAAAAACAAAAUGAAUGCUGAAUCGAUUGCACGCGAAACGAUCCAAGUUCAUUGUGUAUUGAACACCUUUUUUAUGCCAAGCCAUGUUGUAGUUUAUAGAUAUUUCCAGUGGGCAGUAUCAUCACUUGGCAUGUAAUUGAUGCAACCACGAAACCGUGCGUUGGAAUAAGCCUCCCAUCUAAAACACAUGCUCACUCAGGCACAGAAGUUAACGCACUCAUUUGGGUAACUAAUAAAGAAAGAAAGAAAGAAAGAAAGAAAGAAAGAAAGAAAGAAAGAAAGAAAGAAAGAAAGAAAUAGUAAAAACUCCCUGUUUGACUCUGCUCCUCCAAAACUGAAGAGAUACACAAUAUUGGCAACUCAUUAAUAGGCUAUUUAUUUUAUGAUUUUUAACAGUAUUACAUUACAUUACAUGGUGGUGAUUAUUAAUGUUGGCAGCAAUAACAGCUGAAAGUGAACAGAGACACAUUCUUCAACAAACAGGAAGGAAAGCAGGACAACAACAAAAAGAAAUAAUACAAUCACAAUUAGAUAAAAGCUGGAGCUGAUAAGGAAACUGCAUGUAGAUAAGCAGUAACAAACAGCCAGUGGUUAAACGCUAGCCUGUUUAUGUAUACCUCACUGUAGCCAAAGAAUACAUAAGGAGUUUAACGUAUUUUCAAACACUGUUGAAAUUAGCAGCCAAAGUUGAAAAGUUGCAAUGCAAAAAUCUUGGUAUGAUUUCAGAAUAUUGCCUGAGGUAAAAUGUUUAGCUCUAUGCUAGUUUGUUCAGUGAGCAAUGGAGCCAAGAUCUGCACUUACAUAACACCAUGAAGUCAGCCUUCAGGGCAUCAAAACCAAAGGGUCAGUGGCUCUGUGAUAGAUCUGUAGAUCUGUCCUGAAUGUUUCAUUAGUUUCUUUAGUGUUUAGUGAGAGGGGCCGUGCCAAACAGUCUACAGGGACACAACGAAAACUAACAGGUAGAGAGCAGAUAAGGAAAGGGGAAAAGGUGUGCAGGUGAACAGUCAGGUGACCGAGGGAAGAGGGGAAGUAUCUGGGGACAUCUUUAGGCAGGGUUAGGAAAGGACAGUUCACAAAAUGUCCAGAGAAUAACAAAUGCUAAGAUAUAGGCCUGAGACCUGUGAAAACUUUAUGUAUUAUAAUGAUUUCUCAGUCUGUUUCUAUUUUAGUAUCAUAGUGUCCUACAGAUUUAAAGGAUGUACUGGUCAAUGAACACACUGCCCUUACAUCUAUAUGUUGAACUGGGUGUCCGUUCACUGAGCGGCCUUCUGUGGACUCUACUACUCCUGUUUCUGUGGCACUGUUAUCGACUGGGCUCCGACCUGCAAAUUCCAGGUCACACACAUGCUGGAAAGCUCAAAGCAAGCUCAAGGCGGUCCAUGGUGUCCCGUGGCAGUAUCUGUGCUGGAACAAAGUGUAGUGCACGAUCCAAGCUGUCAAGGAGCGAUCAAAUUACUCCCUUUAUCUCCAUGGAAACAGAGGAAGAUGAAGACGAGGGACAGGGCUACUUCACCCCAGUGCUGAGUCACGCCUUGUUUCCAGCCCAGGCAUCUGCAGAAGCCAAGAAACUGUAUGCAGCACUGCAAGAGUAUGCCAAACGCUAUAGUUGGGUGGGCAUGGGUCGCAUUCAUAAGGGCCUCCGUGAGCAGGUCAAAGUAAAUGAUCACUCCGCUAUACAGAAGCCUCAUCUCUUCUUCCUGCCAGAUGUCCCAAGUGUUCCUUUCUUUCCACGUGAUGCUCAUCGACAUGACAUUGAGGUCUUGGAAGCCAACUACCCUGCAAUUUUGGCAGAAUUUCAGGCUGUUUACCAGCGGGGCAUUGACUCAAAAUACGGCUGGACCUGUUUGGGGCCAAAGGCCCAGGCAGUGUUUCCCUUGUACAGUGCAGGCGUCUAUGUAGCAGGAAACUGUCGCUCCUGUCCCUGCACCUACCGGACACUUCUCUCUCUACGAACAUUUAUAAGCAGCAAUUCACUGGGAUCUGCUGGAUUUUGGCUGCUGGGGCCCGGAGCUACGUUGGGGAGUUCAUAUGGCCCCACCAAUACACGGCUCCGUUGUCAUCUUGGUCUACAGACUCCCUCCCUGUGUGAGCUGGUGGUGGGAGGGGAGCCUCAGUGCUGGUCAGAGGGACACUGCCUCCUGGUUGAUGACUCAUUCCUUCACACUGUCUCCCACAGGGGGUCUCCAGAUGCUGGACCUCGGGUCAUUUUGAGCGUUGACCUCUGGCAUCCAAAUGUGGCUGCAGCAGAGAGACAAGCAUUGGACUUUAUGUUCAGCCCUGACUUCUAAGUCACCACCUAUAUAAACAUACAGGGAUGCCUUAUCAUAACCCUGCUUGUUGUGGGUCAUUCACCUAAUUCAAGUCAAUGAAUCACUGUGCAAAUCUGCUGUAAGAAUUACACAAGCCAUUAGCCAUGCUUUCAAAUGGUGUUUGAUUUAUGGUUUACACCAGGAAGUACCACUUGAAUGUAUUAUUAUGGAUGAUGCUAAACAAUUUGGCUGCAAACUACAAACUGACAUCAUUUGAAUGCACAAAGACAACUAACCUAAGAAGAUAGAUCUUGCUAUCUAUUGUAAAUUGUAGUAUCUUGACAUGCCUUGCUAACAAAUUCUAUUUGCAUGUGAAACCUAGUGUCUCUCAUGAUUAAUGAAGUUGUUUUGAGCUGUUGAUGCAUGCGUUAUACCUUCAAAAUGUAAAGUCUACAGAUGCUUUAUUUUAAAAUUUAGACAUUUUACCUAAGAUUUCACCUAAAAACCUGUGAAAACAUUAAAAUUAUUUAAAUGCUACUGUGCAUACGGCAUACUGUGGUUAUACUUCCUCUUCUUAUUACAUGUGUGUAUGUUUCUAUCCAUAAACCUAUCAAUAUAUUUUUAUUGUUUAUUAUUAUAAUUGGUGGCUUGUUAGUGGUUUACAUAUUGUUCUUGUAAUCCAAAUAACAACAGCAUCAGCAGCAGCAACAACAACAAAAU